AUGGUGCACAUGAACGUCCUGGUUGAUGCCCUCAAAAGCAUCAACAAUGUCGAGAAGCGAGGCAAGUACCAGGUACUCAUCAGGCCAUUCUCCAAAGUCAUCGUGAGGUUCCUGAUGGUGAUGAUGAAGCACAGUUACAUCAGUGAACUUGAAAUCAUCGAUGAUCACAGAGGCAGAAAAAUUGUCGUGAACUUCUCAGGCAGAUUGAACAAAUGUGGUGUGAUCAGCCUCAGAUUUGACAUGCAGCUCAAAAAUUUAGAGAAGUGGCAGAACAACCUACUCACAUCCCAUCAGUUUGAUUUCAUUGAACUGACAACCUCAAAGGGAAUAGUGCCUAGGAUACAAAGCCACAUACAGAAUGCGAUUAUAACUCUCUUAAUAAAUAUUCUUUUACAGUGA